CACUGGGCGCGCGUGGUGACUGCCUGUUGCUGAAGCUGGGCGCGAGAGCGGUCUACUUCACACCUCCUCGGAAACAGACAGUGAACAUGUCUCCUUGAACAACAUCCUCUCCAUUCAACUCACAUUUUCUUUUAUUCCGUGUAUCCCGUUUGUCCGGGAUAUUCCAAACGUGGACUUUUAAAGAAGAGAGAGAGAGAAAAGUAAGAGCAAUGGCAGCCAUGGCACAGAACGUUACCAGCGUGCCCGACAACCUCACCAACCAGUUCGCCCAGCCACCGUGGCGCGUGGCGCUCUGGUCUCUCUCCUACAGCGCGUUGGUCGCGGUGGCCGUGUUCGGCAACCUCAUCGUCAUCUGGAUCAUUCUGGCCCACAAACGCAUGCGGACGGUCACCAACUACUUCCUGUUAAACUUGGCGUUUUCCGACGCGUCGGUGGCGGCGUUCAACGCGCUGGUGAACUGUAUCUACGCCACCCACGGGGACUGGUACUUUGGUGAGGCGUACUGCAGAUUCCACAACUUCUUCCCCGUCACGGCCGUGUUUGCGAGCAUCUAUUCCAUGACGGCGAUUUCGGUGGACAGGUACAUGGCCAUCAUCCACCCACUGAAGCCGCGCCUCUCCGCCACGGCCACCAAGGUGGUGAUAGUGUGUAUCUGGGGGCUGGCGGUGGUGCUGGCCUUCCCCAACUGCUUCUACGCCACCAUCAGAAGGUACCCUCGCAGGACGAGCUGCUACGUGAACUGGCCGCGCGGCAACCAGGACUCCUUCAUGUACCACAUCAUCGUGGCCAUACUGGUGUAUUUGCUGCCCCUAGUGGUGAUGGGCAUCACCUACACCAUCGUGGGGGUCACACUGUGGGGAGGAGAGAUCCCAGGGAACUCCUCUGAUAACUACCAUGGACAGCUGAAGGCCAAAAGAAAGGUGGUGAAGAUGAUGAUCAUCGUGGUGCUGACCUUUGCCCUCUGCUGGUUGCCCUACCACAUGUACUUUGUGGUGACGGGGGUGUUCAAGUCGCUGACCCGCUGGAAGCACAUCCAGCAGGUGUACCUGGCCGUGAUGUGGCUGGCCAUGAGCUCCACCAUGUACAACCCCAUCAUCUACUGCUGCCUCAACAGCAGGUUCCGGGCGGGCUUCAAGCGUGCGUUCCGCUGGUGUCCGUUCAUCAAGGUGUCCAGCUACGACGAGCUGGAGCUGCGGACCACUCGGCUGCACCCUGCGCGCCAGAGCAGCAUGUACACGCUGUCGCGCAUGGACACCAGCGUCAUGGUGACCUCCGACCCCGCCGACGCUGACGGUGCCACCACCACCACCGCCGCCCCCAGGAAGCCACAGCCGCUCGCCGCCCGGAAGAAGAGCUACGUCACCGCGCGGCACGCCGACAUCGGCGGGGUCGGCGACACAAAUGGCGGCAGCACCAACGGCGGUGGGGCCGGCGAGGGCAUGAAACCCAAGGAGUUCUCCUAAGCGGCGGGAGUUUUUUUUUUCUUAAUUUGGGGUGAUGGAGUGUGUGUGGGUGAUGACUGGUUUAAGCGGCCUCACCUGGCCUGCGUCACACUGAUUUGGCGCUAGUUGAGGCUGCACACCUGUGGCGCAUCUAGCAAUCAAUGUGCCUCCACAAGUUGAACCAGCCAUCACCGCACACACUCUGGGGAAGGAUCUCCCGCACGGCAGCGCGUUCCUCCCCUCCUGCUGUGUGUCAUUACAUUCAACUCUGACUAUAAAACCGGUUCCAGCAUCACCAUCCUGCUACCUUGUUAUGGUUGAGCCCUGUGGCUGGAGAGCGGCGUGUGGCUAGCCCAGUGCAUAAAAGGAGCGUGGAUUGUGGCAGCCACCCAGGCGGCUUGUAGCCCGGACAUAGCUGAACAGUGUAGAGCAGUGCAGUGGGUUCACUAUAGAAAUCCAAGUACAAUCCAAUUUAUACAGUACAUCAGUGCAGGAGUAC